AUGACGGCAAUAGGUGGUGCAGAUGGUUUUGGAGCUGCAAUCGUUGAUCGAUUCAGUAAAGAAGGCUGUAGAGUAAUCUUCAUCGAUCUCAACAAAGACAAAGGGGACCUUAAGGCCAAAGCAGAUGGCAAUCUUCAUUUUCUUUAUGGGGACGUAACCCGUCGUGAGACUUGGGAAGAGGCUCUCUCUUGUGGGAAGGACAUGUUUGAAAGGGUCGACGUUGUCGUCAAUAAUGCUGGAAUUACAUACGACCCUUCACCCGUGCACAUGAAGCCCAUGGAACAGUAUGAGAGGAUCUUCCAUGUGAAUGUAACGCCUAUAUUUUUGAGUGUUCAAGUGAUAUGUCCUUACAUGCUUGAACAAGGAAGUGGAGUAUUCAUUAACAUAACAAGCACCGGUUGUACUCGUCCUCGACCAGGAUUCGCAUUUUACAAUGCUUCCAAGGCUGCUGUCCAUAUCGCGACCAAAACGAUGGCGCUUGAAUAUGCACCGACCAUACGGUUCAAUUGCAUUUGCCCUGCCGUGGGAAAUACGUCAAUGCUUCAAGCGAGCAUUGGCAAUGGGGCAGAGGCGAAGGAGAAAAUGCGUAAGCUAGAAGAUAUGUUACCCAUGGGGAGGGUGACUGAACCAGUGGAUAUUGCUAAUGCUGCGUGGUUCUUGGGAUCUGACCAGAGUUCGUUCGUCACAGGAACGACUAUUGAGGUGGAUGGUGGAAGAGGAGUGUAA